AUGGAAAGCGUUUUAUGCCAUGGCGAUUUGUGGUCUAUGAACGUGUUGUGGAAACAAAUUGAAGAUGAUUUUAAUAUGGCUGCUGUUGUGGACUAUCAGACGGCUCACUUUGGUUGUGCAGCAACCGAUCUUGUGAGGGUGCUUUGCGCCUGUCUCAACGGCAAGGAUCGGCAAGCACAUUGGGAGCAGCUUCUGGAAGAAUUUUACGGUUAUCUCAAAGAAGAAGUAUGUGACAGAAAAAUGCCAUACUCCCUCGAUCAGCUCAAAGAAGCUUUCCGACAAUACUUCCCCAUUGGUGCCUUCAUGAUAGUGCCUAUGGUAGGACCAUUUUUUGAGAUGGUGUGCAAGAAUACGGAUGAGGAGUUCAAGAAAAAGAGUAUGGACAUCGUAAUAGAAAAAACCGAAUGCCUGCUCGACGAUAUAUUCUACUUCCACGACCGAAACAUGGAACUUCGAAGAGGAGAAAAAGCUGCUUAA